AUGGAGACCGCCAGAGUCCCUGACAACUUCACCUGUAAGAAAGUCAUCCAGCUGCACCUUCUAUCACUGUGCGUAACAACGUUGGAACUGGAACUGGACGAACUCGGGAUCAUUCAGGAAGCUGAGCGGGUGAUAGGUCCGGGCUCCGAACAGUUUCUGAUUAUUAUUGUGUUUGAAACCGACGGGGAAGUGCCUGAUCCACCGAAACCCGCUGCCAAGAAGGGCGCCAAGAAAGCUCUGUCCAAACCGGCGAGCAAGUCUGGCAAGAAGCGCAAGAGGUCGAGGAAGGAGAGUUACAAAGUGAUGAAGCAGGUUCACCCCGACACCGGCAUCUCCUCCAAGGCCAUGAGCAUCAUGAAUUCAUUCGUGAACGAUAUCUUCGAGCGCAUCGCGGGUGAGGCUUACCGCCUGGCAGACUACAACAAGCGGUCCACCAUCAGCUCCCGGGAGAUCCAGACCACCGUGCGCCUGCUGCUGCCCGGGGACCUGGCCAAGCACGCCGUGUCCGAAGGGACAAUGGCGGUGACCAAGUACACCAGCUCCAACUGAAGAGAAGUUUACAGACAAAACAAACGGGAAAUUCAAAGGAUCAUUUAAGAGCCACUCACGCUUUCAGUAAAAGAGUUACAAAAUAUUGAGCCAUGGACUUGAGACAGCUGCACCAUAGACCCUGAAAGUGACAUCAGGAAUAUCUUCUCUGCAAGUUACAGUGAGCAUCUGGGUUAAAUCUGAUCAACAGCACAAGGUCAGAAACUUAGUGUCACUACCAAAAGUUCC